AUGUUCUAUUCAGAGGCCUUGCUGCAGAAGACCGGGCCACUGGCUCGCGUCUGGCUGUCGGCAAACUUGGAGCGCAAGCUUUCAAAGAAUCACAUUCUCCAGUCAAACCUACCGGAAAGUGUCAAUGCCAUUGUUGAUACUCGUCAGGCCCCCAUGGCCCUGCGUCUCAGCGGUCAGCUGCUGUUGGGUGUUGUCCGAAUCUACAGCCGCAAAGCGCGUUAUCUUUUGGACGACUGCAAUGAAGCAUUGCUCAAGAUUAAAAUGGCCUUUCGCUCUACUGGCAACAAUGACAUUCCGGAAAACCUAGCCAUGCCUAAUCGAGAGGCUCUCAUGCUUCCCGAUAAAAUCACACCGGCGGAUAACUUGAACAUUCUGCCUCCUCCUGAUGCCGACUGGCUUCUCGCUCAAAUGGAUGCCGGCGUGGCACCAACGCAAACUCAAUCUCAGGGCCGUGGAAGAGGACGCCCCAGCAACCGUGAAAUCAACCUCCAAGAGGACUUUAACAAUAGCCAAUUCCUAAUGGACAAUGUCAUGGAUAAAGACGAGAUGGCUUUUGAAAACAAUGACGACCUGGAUCUGGAGCUCGAUUUUGGUAUGGACUUGGAUGAGCAACCUAGAGGGAUUGAUAUGAGCGUGGAAAUGGGUAGAGAUGCACCUGCUGCUCGUUCCAUCGAGGACGACCUCAUGAGCGAGCUCGACGCUGGUCCGGCAAAGGGCCCGGCACGCGAUCAAUCCACCGCCUUUGAUUUUGGCGACGGCAUUCAGAUUGCCGACGCCGAUGGCGACCUUCAGAUGGAGGACGACUUUCAGUUCAACCUUGAGGACCAAUCCGCCAUGCCCGAGAUUGGCGGAGUCGCACCUCCCGAGCGCGCGCGCAUUUCCGAGUCGCCGCUCUCUGAUAUUGACGAGACCACUGCAAAGGAUGUCGAGGAAUGGACGAGACUGCACAACCACAGCAUCUACGAGCCCGACCAAGAGCCCGAGGAGAUGGAGGCACAGCCGCAGAGAAAGGCCAAGUCUAGGCGCAAGGUCUUUGGCCUGGACCCUACUACACAACUGUCCAGUGCCCACAUCAAGGACCAGCAGGCAGACCGAUCCAACAUUCUCAAGGAGCCCAACUUUGUCGCCAGAGACCCCUACUUCCUUGCCCUCCUCGAGCUCAAGCACCGUGGAAACUUUGUCUCGAACAUCAUGGGCGACGGCCGUAGCAAGGCCUGGGCCCCUGAACUUCAGGGCUUGCUUUCCCUCGAGUCUUUCCGACAAAUGAACGAUUUGAAGCGCAAGCGGGAUAGUGGUGUCGCUGAUAUGGACAGUGAAGAUGAACAGGGCGCCUCAAAGUCACCGCGCAUCGAGAUUGACGAGGACGAAACGGCCCUGCAGAUGGGUGGUCUCGGAGAACAGAGCAUUGCUGCCGAUGGUACCAUCAUUGACAUCCCCGCCGAGGAAGGUCUGGUCAUUGACGACACCGAGCACCACGAACGCGAAGGAAGUGCCCUCCCGGCAUUCGACGAGACCAUUGCUCCCAUGGUUCACCCUGCCGACAGCGGACCCGUUUCCCUCGGAACCAAGCACGCAGUACAUGUCCUCAGAGACCUGUUUGGCUCCGAGGCCGCCACGAGCGAGGAGAAGCGCAAAAAGACAUCGGUUGUAUUCCAAGAACUCUUGCCCGAGGCUAGAACCACGAAAGCAGACGCCACCAAGAUGUUCUUCGAGUGUCUGGUGCUGGCCACAAAGGAUGCCAUCAAGGUUGAACAAAAGGAGGGCUCCCUCGGCGAAUCGAUACGCGUCCGUGGCAAGCGCGGCCUUUGGGGCGCAUGGGCUGAGCGCGAAGCCGGCGGCGAGAUUGCAAACCAGGAUGAAGUCACACAACCAGAGCCCGCAAUUGCUGGCCCGUCGCAAACUGUCGCGGCAGCAGCAUAA